UGAAGUCGAGAAGCACCGCUUCAGCACAAGGCAAAAUAACGUGGCGAGUAGCCGUAUGUUUACCCUUGCUGACGAUGGAGUUGGCGUGCGAAGUAAUCGAGGCACGAUGCUGCAUACCUUAAGCGCCACGCAGCUCUCACAGGCGUUCGAUACGUGGAAUCCUGGUCCUGAUGAUUGGCAGGAGCAACAGUUCGUCUUCUUCUCGCAUGGAGACAAGCAUAGUGCCUUUGUACGUCAACUAUCAUCCCAACUAUCGCAAGCAGGAAUCCCUUGUUACAGCGACCACAACGUCAGUGGACAAGACUUUUACUCGCGAAUUCAAAUGGCUCAAGAGACGAUUUUGCGCUGCUCGUGCUUUGUGGUGCUUGUGUCAAGACAGACGAUAGGCAACGAGCUGGUGCGUGACCAGCUAGCGUUUGCCGAAGAUAAAGGACGACCGAUUUUUCCAGUUGUGCUAAACGACUUGGAGCCGGGGCUUGAUAAACGGUACACGCUUGUGCGAAGUGAGCUCUUCCACUUCAUGGCCAACGGAAUGGGCUUCAAGUCGAGCUCCAGCAAGCUGAUCAGCGAGCUUCAUCGAUAUUGCAACGUUAUCCUGCCCGCUGGAUCCGUCACUGGAAGUGAGACGGAAGAGACUCGAAACUUGGACUCCAUCGAUGGGCUCGAGAAUGACGAGGUUGAUUUUUCAAGUACUUGCAUUCGGAUGUAGUGGAAGUUGGUAAAUUAAGGUACUGAAUUGAAAUAGAAUAUAACGCU